AGAGGGAGGGAGGAUCUACAGCACACUGAAAGAAGACCCGCAACUUACAGACAGCUCUCCAUCUUACUCCUGGUUUUGUCUUGAUAUCAGUAUCAAAUGAUACUGAUGAGGAAAGUUUUUUCCUAAUCUGUUUUCCUUCCUUUGUUAAAACUUUCAUGACUUGGACUUACAGUUAAAACUCCAUGAACUGGAUUUUACCCUUUUGUCUUUGACAUCAAAGGAAAAGACGCGGUUUCACAACAGUAUAGUGCAUUGUUUUUACAGUGGUGUGUGUGAAAGAUGUGGGGCUGUAUAACAGAUUUCUUCACUUACGAGACGACAAAGUCUGUGGUGGUGAAGAGCUGGACCAUCGGCAUCAUCAACCGAGUCGUUCAGCUGCUCAUAAUCUCUUACUUUGUUGGUUGGGUGUUUUUGUAUGAGAAGGCCUAUCAAGAGAGAGACACUGCUAUCGAAUCAUCGGUGAUGACUAAAGUGAAAGGAUUUGGGGAGCACCACAAUAAAACCAUGGAUGUUGCUGACUUUGUCACACCUUCACAGGGGGCCUCAGUGUUCUGCAUCAUUACUAAACUCAUCACCACAGAGAACCAGGUGCAGGGCUUGUGUCCUGAGAGUGAGGGAAAAUUUAAAUGUGAACAUGAUGACAACUGCACAAAAUUAAUGACAAAGCCAGGCUCAAAUGGUUUGUUGACAGGAAAGUGUGUGAACUUUGGUUCUAUAAAAACAUGUCAGAUCAGAGGAUGGUGUCCUGCAGAGAUAGAUGAUGUCCAAAUAACACCCAUGAUGGAGGUUGAGAACUUCACCAUAUUUAUCAAAAACAGCAUUCGCUUUCCCCGCUUCAACUUCACAAAAGGAAACUUCUUACCCAACAUCAACAGCAGUUAUAUAAAGAAGUGCAAUUUUGACUUUGAACAAAACAGUUACUGCCCGAUCUUCAGAGUGGGAGACGUGAUCCGGUUUAGCCAUCAGAACUUCACUACCCUGGCUAAUAAAGGUGGUGUAAUAGGCAUAAAGAUAGCCUGGGCGUGUGAUCUGGAUAAAUCAGAGGACGACUGUAAGCCUGCUUACUCCUUUACCCGUCUUGAUGCCAUGUCUGAGAAAACCAGUGUAUCACCAGGGUACAACUUUAGGUUCGCAAAGUACUUUAAGAUGGAGAAUGGGACGGAGUACCGCACUCUGCUGAAGGCAGUCGCGAUCCGAUUUGAUGUGAUGGUCAACGGAGACGCAGGGAAAUUUAAUAUGAUCCCAACUCUAAUUAAUAUGGUGGCUGCCUUCACUUCUGUGGGUGUGGGGGCUGUCCUUUGUGAUAUAAUUCUUCUGAAUUUCCUGAAAGGAGCUGACGAGUACAAGGCAAGGAAAUUUGAAGAGGUGUCAGAUAAACAAAUUGAAAAAUCACCCUCCUACAUCAGCGGCGUGUACCGAACCAGAGAUCUCAGCGAGCUGUCAGUCAGACCUGAAGACAAGUUCUCUAAUGACUCAGGGGCUUUUUCCAUCGGCCAGUAUGGUUAACAAUGUCUUCAGAACUUCUUUAGUACCACUUAAAUACCCCACACAAUUUCACUUGUAGCUUUAUAUAAAUAUGCACUGUAAAUAGCUGCAAGGUAUCACAUUCUAGUACUGAUUUUAAUAUACAAGGUGUCCUAAUAGUAAUCAAGCACAGAUUUCACAUUCAAAAAGAAAAAACGUUAAUAACGGACACUAACAAUCGAUGAUUUACUAUAUAUGCUUAUUCAUUAAAGCUAUGCAACAACAUACAGUAUAUGCAGUUGUGGCAUGUCCAAUGACUGUUAAACAAAUCAAAAUCAUCUUAUAUUUUAGAUUCUUUGUAGUAGCCUUGAUUGUCCUGACGAUAAAUUUCAAGUAUACGGUUAAAUCAAAAACAUUUCUGAUCAUGAAAAACAUGAUUAAUCAGGUUGAUGCAAAAUUCUGACUGGUACAGUUUGUGUAGAAUAUCAUGUCUGGACAGAAAACAAAAAAGAAGCUUGCCUUUUCAAAAAUGCCAUAAAUCUUGCUCAUAUUUUCUGUGAAUACUUCUCAGCAAAGAUCCUGCUUAUUUGAAUAAUUGCCAGUACUAGCUAUUUUCCAUACUGUAGUUACUGUAUAACCAUUAACUAAACCUGAAAGUAAAAUAACCUUUAUAAGGUUACUACUACUACUUUUACUGAGUAAUAAUAACCUUUAAAAAAGCUAUUCAUAUUUGACAUGAUAAUAAUAAUAACAAUAAAUUAGUAAGGAAUAAAACACAACAAGGCAUGAUGAUAUAGAAAUAUAACCAACGAUGGUUUGGUGUGAUGUUGAUGAUUUUCCAAUAACGGCAGGUCUUGAAGUGUUUUAUUCCUUUUAUAUCACAGCAAUUUACCAACACUAACAUUUUUCAAUUAGAGAAUGACAUGUUGUACUUUUUAUCCAUUCAUAGUUAUAUUUAAUGUUGUGGAACAUCUAUAUGAAAAGUUAGUUCCUGCAAUCACUUACAUUAAUGAAGCUAGAAACAGUCACUCCCUCACCACUCUCUCUGAAGUUGGAGUCCUAGCCUUACCUCUGACUAGAGACUGCCACUGGAAACUACUUCCAAAAAUACCACAUAAACAUUUAAAGAAUUACACAGAUUUUUAAAUCCAUUUACAGGGAUUGACCAAUUUACAAGUCCCUGUGUAGGUUGAUACUAUAGAAACAAUAGCUGCUGCUAUAGAAAAUUAAUCAACGCCUUCUGUCUAAUCAGAAUUGAAAAUUCAACAAUGCUAUGGAAUAAUAAAUAAUAAAUAACAAUACUGAAAUUGUUGUGACAGCUGAUUGUUUUGGUAAUAUUACUUUUGGGACACCCUGUAUUUAAAUGCUUCAGUGUCAGAUGUAAUAUCUGCAUGGUCAUUUUCAGGCCUAUAGCAAUAGAAGACCAAAGUAACUUAAAGCAUAAAGUAGCACUGUGAGUAGAAGUACAUUUGAAUAUCCACAAUUAUACAAGUAGUACCACUAUUUAACAAUAUAGGUUUUUAAGAUCAUCAUAUUAAAACAAUCUUAAGUAAUAUUUCUUGACAGGGUUCAAGCCUUUACGAGCUAUGAAUUAAUUAAUUAAAGUGAAUUAGCAUAAGCAUUAUCGAUACUGAAAUAAAUAGUUAUUUUAACUCUCACUUUAGGUAUUCUCUUAGGUAGCUAAUUUCUAUUGCAUGUGUUUUAAAAAAAAUCACACUGUUACAUUAAAUGGUAAAAUUGGGGCGAUUGGAGGAAUUGGAAAAAAAUUUGUUUGUAGAGAAAAAUAGCAUUGUGGCUCAGAUUCUUGUAGAAGUGUGUGUAGAUUUCACCCGGGUUUUUUUUUUUUUUUUUUUCCUUGUCACUGCACAAAAAAAAGUGCCCUUUUUUGUUAAGUGGAACUUCAUUAUUCACUAAUUUCCAUUACAGUUUCAAAAUCAACGUGUUUGCUGAUUUUAAGAUGAAUAAGCUUAGCUCCAAUAUAAUAUGGAUCUGCUGGAGAAAUAAAACAGAGGUGGUUGAAAGAAUGUACUUGGAGGAUAUGAAUACUGAGUACUAAGAAAUUGUAAAACAACUUAGUAAGCUGUGGGAAUUCAAUACUGUAAAUCCAACUUGCAAUAAGACAGUGGUUUAAAAGUUGGAUGUUUUAGUAUAUGUGAUAAGCCACUUGUGUAAUAUAUUGUAUGUGUAAUCUGAGUAAUCUGCACAAGUAAAUAUAUCAUACCAAAGCAACACAAAUGAGUCAAGGCAAUCCAUCCAUCCAUCCAUCUUCUAUACCACUUAUCCAUCUUCAGGGUCAUGGAGAACCUGGAGCAUAUCCCAGGGAGCAUCGGGCACAAGGUGGGGUACACCCUGGACUGGGUGCCAAUCCAUUGCACGGCACAAUCACACACACACCCAUUUAUACACACUACAGACACUUUAGACACACCAAUCAGCCUACCAUGCAUGUCUUUGGACUGGGGGAGGAAACCGGAGAACCCAGAGGAAACCCCUGCAGCAU